UAGAGAAGGCUACUUCUUCCACCACUUCCAGAGUAGGGGGCGAUUCAUCAUUGCCUAUCGCUGUGGAAGUAGGUCUGGCAAUGCGAUAUUAAUUAUGGCCUACAAAAAAUAGCCGAAAUUACACCUGCCCAAUCAAAUAAAUAAAAGCCUUUAGGACUUGCAGCAUAGCUAAAUCUAACGCACCUGACCCUUCAUGAUGAGGUGGUUUUUACCAGCUGACUUAUUUUCUCCGUUGUGUUAUUUUUCUAAGCUUUUUAUUUUCUUUUUCGGUUUGUUAACUGAGUUAGAAACACUUGCUGCUACCACUGCUGCUUAUGUGCCAUUAAAUAAGCAAGUCUGACUACCAAAAGUCUGAACAUGUCGCUUCGGGACUUUCUAGAAGAAGUAAUAGGACUACCUGCUGCCGCUAACAGUUAUAGCUAGCUAGCUAGCUGCUUCGUAGAUUAGCGACACUUUAAACUAACGUCGUCAAGUGUCAUGGCUCCAAGCCGGAGUUUUCCAUACUGUCUAUGGAGUUUUCCUGUCCUGCUGUUACUGAUUCCCAAUAACAUCCCCAAAGGAUUUAUUAGGAUACCAACCGCUUCACAACACCAAGUGAACUGCCAUUUGGAAAGGAGGACAGGAAAGGAAGAAACCCCUCUAACUGAAGAUAUUGAAGUGGAGGAAGCAUUUAAAGAGACACUGCAGUGGGCAUCGUUGAAUUAAAGUGCCACAUUGAGCUCCCUCAGCAAAAGCAGAACUUGACUAAAGCCCAUUUCCGGGGAUUGUAAAGAGGACCCAGGGAGGACAGCGUGCUGCCAGCAUCUGUCUGGCUACCCAGUAUCGCCAUCAUGGCUGAGAGUCGAAGGGAAGCACUUGCGGCGGCGGCGCCCGAGCCCACCACCGCCUCCUCCUCCACAGCUGGCUCCAACACCACCAACAUGGCCGGCCCGGGCACCGGCGAGAAGGAUGAGGCAUUUUCCAAGCUGAAGGACAAGUUCAUGAAUGAGCUGAACAAAAUCCCAUUGCCAUCAUGGGCCAUUGUCUCUAUUGCCUUUGUGGCUAUCAUUCUGGUGUUAGCAUGCUGCUUCUGCAUCUGCAAAAAAUGGAUAUUCAAGAAGAAAAACAAAAAGAAGGGCAAAGACAAGGGCAAGAAUGCCAUCAACAUGAUGGAUGUCAAAGAUGGAGCCAAAACUGAGGCCUUGAAGGAUGAGGAGGAUGCGGAGACAGGGCUGACUGAAACGGAGCAAGAGGCAGAGCCCAAGGAGGACCAGAAACUGGGCAAAUUACAAUACUCCCUGGAUUACAAUUUCACCGAGAAUACGCUCAUGGUGGGGAUCAUCCAGGCCGCAGAGCUUCCUGCUAUGGACAUGGGUGGCACAUCUGACCCAUACGUAAAGGUCUACCUGCUGCCGGACAAGAAGAAGAAGUUUGAGACCAAGGUCCACAGGAAGACCCUGAAUCCUGUCUUCAAUGAGCAGUUCACUUUCAAGGUCCCCUACGUGGAGCUCGGUGGAAAGACACUGGUAAUGACGGUUUACGAUUUUGACCGCUUCUCCAAACACGAUGCCAUCGGCGACAUCAAGGUGCCCAUGAACAAGGUGGACUUCAGCCACGUAACAGAGGAGUGGCGGGAUCUGAUUUGCGCUGAAAAGGAGGAGCAAGAAAAGCUGGGUGAUAUCUGCUUCUCUCUGCGGUACGUUCCCACUGCUGGCAAGUUGACCGUGGUCGUCCUCGAAGCCAAAAACCUGAAGAAAAUGGAUGUGGGAGGCUUGUCAGAUCCAUACGUGAAGAUCCAUCUGAUGCAAAACGGCAAGAGGCUGAAGAAAAAGAAGACGACAAUCAAGAAGAACACCCUCAACCCUUACUACAAUGAGUCCUUCAGCUUUGAAGUCCCAUUUGAACAAAUCCAGAAAGUGCAAGUUGUUAUAACUGUUCUGGACUAUGACAAGAUCGGCAAGAACGAUGCCAUCGGCAAGGUCUUUGUGGGCCUCAACAGUUCGGGCACGGAGCUGCGCCACUGGUCCGACAUGCUGGCCAACCCCAGGAGACCCAUCGCCCAGUGGCACGUGCUGAAGCCUGAGGAAGAGGUGGACGCUCAGCUCUCCACCAAGAAAUAGGCAGGGCCCUUUCAGCACCUGCCUGUAGUACUCUUUAGCCAGUAUGUGUAAAUACCUCAGUGAUAUAUGGGUCCAUCCAUUUAAGCCCCCUCUUUUCCCCACCUAUCAAACUCUCCCAGCUUUACCGCCCCUAAUAUCACAAACAAUCCUAAUUCGUCAAAUGUCUUGCAACAUCCCACCUUCUGCUUUUUUUUCCCUAUCAGGUUCCCUACUUUCCUUACGUUCUCUUUUUUUUUUUUUUUUUUCUCUGAUUCAGCAGUUUUUGUUUUCCAUCUCCGUGCCCUUAACCACCCCGACCAAAUGCCCCCUUCUUUUAAGCAAUAUGAUCUGUAUAGAUAACGCAUGACUGAAAGAAUUUAUUGUACCACAGUUGUAUAUAUAAGUAUGCAGACAAAAAUGAUUUCUAGUUUA